AUGAAGGCUGAAGACGCCGAUGCCAACAAUCUGAAAACAGAGAAAAAGUAUCAAAAGACGGCAAAGGUUGGUGAAGGUACCUAUGCUGUGGUAUACCGAGGAACACAAUUGGCUACAAGUCGCCUCGUCGCCAUUAAGAAGAUCAAGAUGGGUCAGUUCAAGGAUGGCCUUGAUUGGACUGCCAUUCGCGAAGUCAAGUAUCUACAAGAGCUCAAGCAUCCAAAUAUCAUCGAGUUGAUUGAUGUCUUUUCGCACAAGACGAACCUGAAUUUGGUGCUUGAGUAUUUGGAUUCGGAUUUGGAACAAGUGAUCAAGGACAAGACUAUCAUGUUUAUGCCUGCCGAUAUCAAAUCAUGGAUGCUCAUGACGCUGCGUGGAUUGGAUCAUUGUCAUCGUCGCUUUGUACUUCAUCGGGAUAUGAAGCCGAAUAACUUGUUGUUGACGCAUGAUGGUGUACUGAAGAUUGCUGAUUUUGGUCUGGCAAGAGAUUGGGGUGAUCCAGGACGGCAAAUGACUUCGCAAGUAGUAACAAGAUGGUAUCGGUCACCCGAGUUGUUGUUUGGUGCUCAGGAAUAUACAUACGCUGUGGAUAUAUGGGCUGUGGGCUGUAUCUUUGCCGAACUCAUGCUUCGAACGCCGUAUGUCGCAGGAGACUCUGAUAUCGAUCAAUUGAAAAAGAUCUUUCAUGCAUUGGGCACACCCACUGAAGCUGAUUGGCCGGGUAUGACGUCCUUACCCGAUUACAUUCAAUUCAAGCCCUUCCCCAAGGUCCAAUUACGAAGUUAUUUCACAGCUGCUGGUACGGAUGCUCUUGAUCUAUUGGAGAAGAUGUUGGUCUUUGAUCCAAACAAACGAUGGACAACACAACAGUGCCUAAGUCAUCCAUACUUUCGGAAUUCGCCAUUACCCACAUCACCAGAAAAGCUACCUAAAAAGGCCCCUGAUCCGGAACAAGUAGCCCAGACAUUGAAGCGAAAAGCAGGGACAAUGGAAGAAGAUGGCUUUGACAUGAAGAGACCAAGGACACUUGAUUUCAGCUAG